UUAGGAAGAGUUGCCUGCUGAGCUGAAAGGCAUUUCAGGCUGGCCCAAUAGAGAGCUCACUCUGGCUCUUUCCAACAGAGUAUUGUUCAGGGCAAGGCUGGAGGGAGGGAGACAGUUCAGGAGGCUGUUACCUCAGUGCCACCUGACAUUAAAGCUCCAAGUGCACUGGCAAAGGAAGUCCAGCUAGCUUGCUGGUUGUUAGUGGAAUCGGUAUGGCGGCUCCUUGGACUUGGGAAGCAUGAGAGAGGUAUUGGUGUGGUUGCUGGAAAGUCCUGAGAGAAGGCAAGAUUCGGGGGCCUUCCUGGUAUCUCUAUGACUGGUGUCCAGUCUAACCCAUGGAUGCAUACACCUCGGUUCUUUAUCAGUCCUGCUCCACUGUUUUAAAAGUUUCAGCGCAGUUGUCCUCUCCUCCCUCCUCCCUCUUUGUCCUCCUUGUCCUCCUCUUCCUCAUCCUGCUCCUCCUCGAUUCUUCCCCUGAUAGUGCCAUCUGUCGGAUAAGGCUGUCCUCUCUGCACAGGCAGAAGAGUGUCCUUUCUGAGGCUUGUGGGACUGGUCCCUUAGGCCAGGUUGGCACUUGGCCUGCCCUACCAUGCUGUUAGCCUAAGACAUGGUACGUGGUAAGCGGAUCACAGAUGUGUCUGCAAACUUGUAUUUUUGUUCCUCUUUUCAGAAUACAGUGAUGGUGGUAGACCACCUCAAGGAAGAAAGAAAGGCUGGAGUUCUUUCCCAGGUAAUUCUGGCGAGAGGAGCCCUCGUUAUGAACGCGAUGGGUGUGAGCCUCAGCCUUCAAACCUCCAGGAGGAUGAUGGAAACGUGGUGAAGAGGGAUGUCCAGGAGGACCCCGAAGUAAGACACUCUCCCUGUACCAUCCCAGGCAACAAGAGAGGAGUGAGAUGGCACAGUGAAGGCCACAUGCAUACUACUGUGUGGAGAAACAGAAAACCUCUGGAGAGGGAAAUGGGGGAGAACACACAAGAUGGAACCCCAGGGAGCUGGUUCAGGGUCACAAUUCCUUGUGGGAUAAAGUAUGACAAGACAUGGCUAAUGAAGUCAAUCCAGAGCCAUUGCAGUGUCCCCUUCACUCCAGUGGACUUCCACUUUGUGAAAAAUGGGGCUCGAUUCUUUGUCCAGGAAGCUAGCACUGCCUGUGCAUUGAUGGAUGUCAGCUACAAGAUACAUGACGAGGAGAGAGGAAAGGUGUGUAUACCUGUCUUUGUCAGGCCCUCCGCUGUUCCCUACUCUGUGCGGUGUAAGUUGAAGCCAGAAGAAAUGGAGCAGCUAAAGCUGACCUUGAGCAAACGAUUUGAUGUCUCCCAGCAAGCUCUUGACCUCCAGAGGCUCCGCCUUGACCCAGACUUGGUGGGCUAUGAUAUUGAUAUAUUUCUGAAUCGAAGAAGCUGCAUGACUGCCACCCUGCAGGUCAUCGAAAAGAAUUUCCCUGAGCUGUUGUCCUUGAACUUGAGCAACAACAAACUGUACCAGCUGAAUGGCCUGUCUGACAUUAUACAGAUGGCCCCCACGGUCAAGAUCCUGAACCUCUCCAAAAAUGAGCUGACGUCUGUGUGGGAGUUGAGCAAGAUGCAAGGGCUGAAGCUUGAAGAGCUGUGGCUGCAAGGGAACCCAUUGUGUGACACCUUCCCAGACCAGUCCACCUAUGUAAGGGCCAUCAGAGAAUGUUUCCCGAAGUUGUUACGCCUGGAUGGCCAGGAGUUACCGUCACCAGUGACCGUUGACGUUGACACUCCCUACAUAGUAAAGCCCUGCAAGGGAAGCUACUUUGGAUCUGAUGAGCUGAAGAGCCUAGUCCUGCAAUUCCUGAAGCAGUACUACUUGAUCCAUGACUAUGGAGACAGACAGGUUCUCGCGGGUGCUUAUCACGAGGAGGCCUGCUUCUCCCUGACGAUUCCCUUCCACCCCGAGGACCCAGCCCCAAGCAGCUUGUGCGAGUAUUUCAAGGACAGCAGGAAUAUGAAGAAGCAGAAUAUGAAGGACCCCUACCUGCGGGUCCAGCUGCUGAAGCCCACAAAACGUGUCAUUGUGCACACUCUCUGUGUGUUGCCCAAGACUCAACAUGACUUCAGCUUUCUGGUGGACACGUGGUUCCAGAUGGGAACGAUGCUCUGCUUCUCUGUCAACGGGCUGUUCAAGGAAGUGGAAGGAAGUUCUCAGGGCUGUUUGCGUGCCUUCACCCGGACCUUCACCACUACCCCUGCCAGCUAUUCCAGUCUUUUCAUCAUGAAUGACGAGCUGUUUGUAUGGGAUGUCAGCCCUAAAAAGAGCAAGAGCACAUUCUCCAUCCCAGUACCCACACCCUCCACCAGCUCCAUGCCCAGUUUCUACUGGGAGCAGCAGCAAAUGGUACAAGCUUUCUCCACUCAGUCUGGGAUGAACCUCCAGUGGUCUCAGAAGUACCUUCAGGACAACGAAUGGAACUACACCAGAGCUGGUCAGGUCUUAAGUAUGCUCAAGACCAAGUGCAAGAUCCCAGAAGAGGCCUUCAAAGAAAUCCCCUAA